GGAUGCCAGACGCCCGGGAGAGGCCAGGGCAGCAGUGGAGGCGGCGGCGCGAUGGUGGUGACCACCUCUGCCCGAGGCAGCGGGAACCGCGCGCCCUCCCGGCGGCCGGGCUGCGGGCUGGCGCCGGCCGGGGCCGCGGCGCUGCUGGCGGGGGCCAGCUGCCUGUGCUACGGCCGCUCCCUGCAGGGCGAGUUUGUGCACGACGACGUGUGGGCGAUCGUGAACAACCCCGAUGUGCGGCCGGGCGCCCCGCUCCGCUGGGGCAUCUUCACCAACGACUUCUGGGGCAAGGGCAUGGCCGAGAACACCAGCCACAAGUCCUACCGGCCGCUCUGCGUCCUCACCUUCAAGCUAAACAUAUUUUUGACUGGCAUGAACCCAUUCUACUUUCACGCAGUAAAUGUAAUUUUACACUGCUUAGUGACCCUCGUGCUGAUGUACACCUGUGAUAAAACCGUCUUCAAGAAUCGUGGACUUGCUUUUGUUACGGCAUUACUUUUUGCUGUGCAUCCUGUUCACACAGAGGCGGUGGCUGGGAUUGUUGGCAGAGCUGACGUGUUAGCGUGUCUCCUGUUCCUGUUGGCCUUCCUCUCCUACAAUAGGAGUCUGGAUCAGUGUUGUGCUGGGGAAUGUUUCCCUCCCACGGCUUCUCCCUUCUUCUUGCUGCUCAGUUUGUUUCUGGGGACCUGUGCCAUGCUGGUGAAAGAGACGGGAAUCACCGUGUUUGGAGUGUGCUUGGUUUAUGACCUCUUCUCCCUCUCCCACAAGCAAGACAUGACGAGCAACGGGGUCAUCCAUCAGCAUAGCCUACAGCAGCCUGGGAGCCCCCAGCCCUCCUCACUGCCAGCCCAGUCCCACCGGGAGAACGGGAAACAGCGGUUCCCUCACAAAGGAGCGUGGGGUGGCUGCCAUUCCUCACUUACACCAGCACCCAAGAGCAGUGGAUUCCCGGUGUCACCACGAGCUGUGUGGUCCCUGAUGAGAUUCCUUACUUAUUCCUACCUCCUGGCCUUCAACGUGUGGCUUCUGCUUGCGCCUGUUACCCUGUGCUAUGACUGGCAGGUGGGCAGUAUUCCUCUGGUAGAGACCAUCUGGGACAUGAGGAACUUAGCCACUGUCCUUCUUGCAGUUGUGAUGGCCCUGUUGAGCCUGCACUGCCUAGCAGCCUUCAAGAGACUAGAGCACAAGGAAGUUUUAGUGGGCCUGUUGUUCCUGGUGUUCCCAUUCAUUCCAGCCAGCAACCUCUUCUUCAGGGUGGGUUUUGUGGUGGCCGAGAGAGUCCUUUACACGCCAAGCAUGGGCUACUGCAUCCUUUUUGUGCAUGGGUUGAGCAAGCUCUGCACUUGGCUAAAUCGAUGUGGGGCCACCACCCUGAUUGUGUCCACAGUGUUGCUGCUGUUGCUGUUCUCUUGGAAAACUGUGAAACAGAAUGAAAUUUGGCUGUCAAGAGAGUCCUUAUUCAGAUCUGGAGUUCAGACUCUGCCCCACAAUGCCAAGGUUCAUUACAACUACGCCAACUUCCUGAAGGACCAAGGUCGGAACAGGGAAGCCAUCUACCACUACAGAACAGCCCUCAAAUUGUAUCCACGGCACGCAAGCGCCCUGAACAACCUUGGAACGCUGACGAGAGACACCGCAGAGGCAAAGAUGUACUAUCAGAGAGCUCUCCAGCUCCACCCGCAACACAACCGCGCUCUCUUCAAUCUUGGGAAUCUCCUUAAGUCCCAGGAGAAGAAAGAAGAAGCUAUCACUCUUCUGAAGGAUUCCAUUAAAUAUGGCCCAGAGUUUGCAGAUGCAUAUUCAAGCUUAGCUUCAUUAUUGGCUGAGCAGGAAAGAUUUAAGGAAGCUGAAGAAAUAUACCAGGCAGGAAUAAAGAACUGUCCAGACAGCUCAGAUUUACACAACAACUAUGGAGUUUUCUUAGUUGAUUCUGGCUCUCCAGAGAAAGCAGUGGCCCAUUACCAACAGGCCAUUAGACUCAGCCCAAGUCAUCACGUGGCCAUGGUGAACCUGGGCAGACUCUACCGGUCACUGGGGGAGAACAGCAUGGCCGAAGAAUGGUACAAACGUGCCCUGCAGGUGGCACGCAAAGCUGAGAUAUUGUCGCCUCUGGGAGCACUGUAUUACAACACUGGCCGCUAUGAAGAGGCUUUGCAGAUUUACCGGGAAGCUGCAGCACUUCAGCCUUCACAGAGGGAGCUCCGCCUGGCACUGGCUCAGGUUUUGGCUGUAAUGGGUCAGACGAAAGAAGCUGAGAAGAUGACCAGUCACAUUGUGUCAGAGGAGACUGGAUGCCUCGAAUGUUACCGCCUCUUGUCAGCGAUCUAUAGCAAGCAGGAGCACCAUGACAAGGCACUCGAUGCUAUAGACAAGGCUCUCCAACUGAAACCAAAGGACCCAAAAGUUGUAUCUGAACUUUUUUUCACAAAAGGAAACCAACUAAGAGAGCAGAACCUUCUUGACAAAGCUUUUGAGAGCUAUAAGGCAGCCGUGGCACUAAAUCCAGAUCAAGCACAGGCCUGGAUGAACAUGGGUGGAAUUCAGCACAUCAAGGUAGGAGAAUAAUUCACUUCACGGGUCCGGGCUUUCCAUUUCUGUUUCAGCAUUCAGUCUCUUCUCUCUAAGGGAUGUAGAAACCGUUAA